GAAUCAUCGUCAAACCGGGAAACAAGGGGAGAAGGAUCUGUUCAAAAAACGACGCCGUAAUGGAUAAACAGCCGGCGAGCAGCUGGAGUAUCCACACCCGGCCGGAGAUAAUCGCCAAGUACGAGAUCUUCGAGCGAGUCGGAUCCGGCGCCUACGCCGACGUCUACCGAGCUCGCCGCAUCUCCGACGGCCUCACCGUCGCGCUCAAGGAGAUCUUCGACUACCAAUCAGCCUUCCGGGAGAUCGACGCCCUCUCGCUCCUCCACGGAUCCCCCAACGUCGUCCUUAUGCACGAGUACUUCUGGCGCGAGGACGAGAACGCAGUGAUCGUCCUCGAGUUCCUCAGGUCUGAUCUAUCCGCAGUGAUCCGAGACGCCAAGAGGAGGAAGAAGAAAGGAUCAGGAGGAGAGGGUUUCUCCGUGGGGGAGAUUAAGAGAUGGAUGAUUCAGAUUCUCAAUGGCGUCGAUGCUUGCCAUAGGAAUCUGAUCGUUCACAGAGAUUUAAAGCCUGGGAACAUGUUAGUGUCUGAUGAUGGAGUGCUCAAGCUUGCUGAUUUUGGUCAGGCUAGGAUACUCAUGGAGCCUGAUAACGUCGCUACAGAUGAAGAGAGAGAAGGAGAAGCCAGCAGGGAGCCACCAGAAGUGAUUCCUGAUUAUGUGAACUCGUCUCAGAAAGGCUCAGAAGGUCAGGAACAGGAGGUACUGAGUAGAGACGAGUACUUUCGACAGGUGGAAGAGCUCAAGGCUAAGCAGGUUGUGAGGGAUGACACUGAUAAGGACUCCAACGUGCCUGAUGGAGACGCGUCUUGUCUUGCCACGUGUACUGUUAGUGAAAUGGAUGAUGAUUUCGGGACGAACUCUUUUGCUUAUGAUGAGGAGGGAUUGGAUGGUGGUGGAGAAGGUUUGAUGACAUCUUGCGUGGGGACCAGGUGGUUUAGACCACCGGAGCUUCUUUACGGAUCUACAAUGUAUGGGUUGGAGAUCGAUCUGUGGUCGCUUGGUUGCGUGUUUGCGGAGCUCUUGUCUCUCGAGCCUUUGUUCCCUGGAGUUUCGGAUAUUGAUCAGAUCAGCAGAGUGACCAACGUGCUGGGGAACUUAAACGAAGAGGUUUGGCCAGGAUGUGUUGAUCUUCCUGACUACAAGUCGAUCUCGUUUGCUGAAGUAGAGUCUCCUCUUGGUGUAGAAGGAUGUCUUCCCAACCAUUCAGGGGAUGUUAUAGCGCUGGUCAAGAAGCUUAUCUGUUACGAUCCAGCUAGGAGAGCUACUGCUGUGGAGUUGUUGAAUGAUAAAUAUUUCAAGGAAGAGCCUCUUCCGGUGCCUGUUUCAGAGCUCUAUGUGCCUCCGGCGAUGAGUGGGCCAGAUGAGGAGGAUUCUCCUAGGAAGUGGAAUGAUUACAGAGAAAUGGAUUCAGAUUCAGAUGGCUUUGGACCUGUGAAUGUGAAGCCUACAAGUAGUGGAUUUACAAUAGAGUUCCCCUGAGCCUUAAUGGCAUUUAAGAUGGAUUACAUUGUGCAUGGCUCCAUGAUUGAGAAUCUUGAUCAGCCGACUUCCCUGCAUCUGUGUCAAGAUUGUGUUGUGUAUUGUUUCUCUUGUACUGAAAAAAAAAAACAGUUACAAUUACAAUUGGAAAGUUGGUUAUGAUCUGUUUAUCCAUUUUGUUCUUUUCAUAUAAAAAAUGUGUAAUAUUUUCUCUCAUCAUGGUCAUUAUUCAUAGUUGGUGAUG